AUGAGACUGAAGCAAGGAUCGUUUCUGUGGUACCUCUAUCUGGACAAAGUACACUGCUUACUAUCCGUGAGAAAUGUGAAGGCUUUGUUGGAAUAUUUUCACCUUCUGGAUGUUCACGGCAAGAACACCUUGAAUGAUGUGCUGUUUUAUCACUUCCUUCAUCAUGUGACUGACUUGAGUAAGAGACAGAUCAACCUUGUGUUUGACAUGCUGGACUGGAGUGCUGUGGGCGAGAUCGGCUUUGAGCAGUUCUACGUGCUGGUGUGCAUACUGCUGGCUCACCACAACCAUUUGGAAGAACAGUUUAUGUUUCGUCAUUCCCGGACUGUCUUUGACCUGCUUGACCUGAAUGGGGAUCAGAUAAUCAGUCCAAAAAACUUCGGAAUGUACAGAUUUCUCUUCAAUAUUCAAAAACAGGAACUCAAAGAUCUCUUCUGUGACUUCGACAUUACAGGUGACCAUCGUCUUAAUUACCAGGAAUUUAAGCUGUAUACAAUCGUCCGCAUUGACAAAUUACAGAAGAGGCCGAAAAAAACAGAGGAGAAUCCAAAAAGAGAGAGAAGUCAUCUCUCCUCAUAAAAAUGUCACAUCAAGUAAAUGCAAGCUGAAAGAGUCUCUUGGGAAAAAAAUGGGAUCUGAAAGUAGAGAACAUGAUCAUCGAUGAAGACUGUUAACAUGUCUAAAAAUAAAUCCAGAGCAUC